AUGGCUCAUAGGAAGAGGCCUGGGGCCAGCGCUGCCAUGGUGGAGCCCCACGUUCGGCCCUGCCCGGCUUCCCACCCUUCCGAAUCCACAGACCAGGAGCGUGAGGAGGCCCAGCUGGAAACAGAAGCACCACAGCACCAAUACUGUGACCCUCCCGAACCCGACCUGCCCGACAGCCGACCUGCCACGCCCAACACCCCCGAACACGCCCACACGGACUACCACAGCCGCCCCGACAGCUUAGAUGGGGAUUCAAGCUCUGACUACGUCAACAACACAUCGGACGACGAGGAAGACUAUGACGAAGGCCUUCCGGAGGAGGACGAAGGGGUCACGUACUAUAUCCGUUACUGCCCUGAGGACGACAGUUACCUGGAGGGCAUGGACUGCCAUGAGCAAGACUAUAACAGGGCACAUGGGGAGCCACCAGCAGACACAGAUGAGUGCCAGGAGGCCGUGGAGGAGUGGGUGGAGGGAGAUGGAGAAGGAGAGGUGCGCUGUGAGGUAUUGGAGCAGGACACAGAUCAGCAGCUAUAUGAUGGCAGACCAGAACCUGUCCUAGACCACCACCCUCCACCCAAACAGCACAAACCUCCACCCAGAGGAGUGGAGGAGGAGGAGGAGGAGGAAGAGGAAGAAGAAGAAGAGGAAGAGGGAGAAGAGAGUGAGGAAUACUGUCCCAAUGAAGAGGAAGAGCAAGAAGAAGAGGGAAAUGCAGAUGGCUAUAGGGAGGACUACUACACCUCAGAGGACAAUGGGAACUCUGUCCACGUGUCCUCGUAUGGAGGUCAAAAAGUGGGAGGGGUUGAGGGGGAGGGGUGUGAGGAAGCAGAGGAGGAUAUUGAUCAGAUUGUAGCGGAGAUUAAGAUGAGUAUGAGCAUAGGUAGUCUUAGUAGUGGAACUGACCAGAGCCCAGAGGAAUUGGUCCCUGACCCAGCACCCAGUGCAUACCCACCUGAGACCCACACCAAACCCGAGCCCACGCAAUACCCACCUCCUCACAGGCACGACAGCAGACCCAAAUCCCUCAACAUCCCCCCCGCGGGACACAACCCAGAGCUACAGCGAGGCUUUAAGGCGCGAGCUCGAACCCCAGAGGAGAGACAGAGAUGGACUCAAGAGCAGGUAGGACAACAGAUGUCUCAGAGUGUUGAACAGCCCAGAAGACAGCAGCGCUCUGAUCUCAACGGGCCACUUGAGAACAACAACGUCCCUGAGCAGACAAAGAAGACAGCCUCUUUCCCCAGCUUUGUGGAUGUGCCUGGCCCAUGUGAGCCAGAGGACCUCAUUGAUGGGAUUAUAUUCGCUGCCAACUACCUUGGCUCCACUCAGCUCCUCUCAGAAAGGAACCCUUCCAAAAACAUCAGAAUGAUGCAGGCCCAAGAGGCUGUCAGCAGAGUUAAGAGGGUACAGAAGGCAGCCAAAAUCAAGAAAAAGGCGAGCCCUGAAGGAGAUGCUCAGACGCUGACUGAAGUCGAUCUCUUCAUUUCUACCCAGAGGAUCAAAGUACUCAACGCAGACACACAGGAGACUAUGAUGGACAAUGCCCUGAGGACCAUCUCCUACAUUGCAGACAUUGGGAAUAUUGUGGUGUUGAUGGCUCGUAGGCGCAUGCCCCGCACUGCCUCCCAGGACUGCAUUGAGACCACGCCUGGAGCCACAGAGGGCAAGAAACAAUACAAGAUGAUCUGCCAUGUUUUUGAGUCUGAGGAUGCUCAGCUGAUUGCGCAGUCUAUUGGACAGGCAUUCAGUGUGGCCUAUCAGGAAUUCCUCAGGGCCAAUGGAAUCAACCCAGAGGACUUGAGCCAGAAAGAGUACAGUGACAUCAUCAACACGCAGGAGAUGUACAACGAUGAUCUCAUCCACUUCUCAAACUCUGAGAACUGCAAAGAGUUGCAGCUGGAGAAGCAGAAAGGAGAGAUACUUGGCAUUGUAAUUGUGGAGUCCGGGUGGGGCUCCAUCCUGCCCACAGUCAUCCUGGCCAACAUGAUGAAUGGAGGUCCAGCUGCUCGUUCAGGGAAACUGAGCAUUGGCGAUCAGAUCAUGUCCAUCAACAACACCAGCCUGGUGGGACUGCCUCUGGCCACCUGUCAGGGAAUCAUUAAGGGCCUGAAGAACCAAGUGCAGGUGAAGCUGAAUAUUGUGAGCUGUCCUCCUGUCACUACAGUCCUCAUCAAAAGGCCUGACCUCAAAUAUCAGCUGGGCUUCAGUGUACAGAACGGCAUUAUUUGCAGUUUAAUGCGAGGGGGCAUCGCAGAGAGAGGGGGAGUUCGAGUGGGUCACCGGAUCAUUGAGAUUAAUGGCCAGAGUGUGGUAGCCACAGCACACGAGAAAAUUGUCCAGGCCCUGUCCAACUCUGUGGGCGAGAUCCAUAUGAAGACCAUGCCAGCAGCCAUGUUUAGACUCCUAACCGGACAGGAGACUCCCAUGUAUAUAUGA